UGCGCUUAGCUGUUCCAGAAAGUCCUCUUCAGCGGAGACCAUAAACACAUAAACGGCCAACCCCCGGCCCGCUGGCAAGGGGCCAAGCGAGGGAGAGAAGAGGACGAGAGGGAGAGAGGGGCUCUCCAGUCUCCACGAACACCGGGGCGAGCAGGAGAUCGGACAGCCUCCCCGCCACGCACACGCACGCGUACGCGCCGGGACGGCAGCGCCAUGGGGCCCCCAAGUCCCAGCGAGGAAGAGGAGGAGAGUUUAGAGCCGACCCGGGACGGCCCGGCCGCCUGCACCUUCGAGCAGAUCCUGGACGCCAUCGGGCACUUCGGGGCAUACCAGAAGCGGGUCUACCUGGCCCUGUGCUCCCUGACCGUGCCCAGCGCCUGGUACACGCUGUCGCAGGUCUUCCUGUGCGCGCUGCCCGACUAUCACUGCAAGGUGCAGGCUGACGAGAUCUCAUUGUUCCCCGGAAUCACAAACAUGAGUGAAGAGCGUCUGUGGAACAUCACCGUCCCACAAGACUCCUCCCGCCUGGGAAAAUACUCCUGGAGCGAGUGUCACCAAUACGACAUUGCGCAGGUCAAUUUAUCUUUCAGUCCAGAGGAGUGGGCUGAUCCGGCCAGCAACAAUUAUUCCCUGGUGCCCUGUCAGUCUUGGUACUAUGACAAGUCAGUGUACUUCAGCACCGUGGCGACUGAGUGGGACCUGGUGUGUGAGCGCAAGUGGAUGAGACAGCUGGACACGGCCUUCUUCAUGGCCGGGUGUUUGGUGGGAAGCAGUCCGCUGGGGUGGCUGUCCGACAGGUUCGGCCGGAGGAAGGUGAUCCUGCUGGGGUCGCUGCUGCUCAGCCUGCUGACCCUGGGGACGGCGCUCUCGCCAGGGUUCGAGUUCUUCAUCGCCACGCGCUUCCUGGUGGGGCUCCUGUCACUGGGCAUCUUCAACGUCACCUACACGCUGGGGAUGGAGUUCGUGGGCCCAACUCAGAAGCGCGUGCCUGGGGUGCUCCUGACCUUGUCCUUCAUUCUGGGCCACGUGCUGCUGACGGGGCUGGCCUACUGGGUGAAGGGCUGGAGGAUGAUUCAGCUGACCGUCGCUCUGGUCUCCAUGGCUUCUGUGCUGUGCUGCUGGUGCGUGUGGCUCCCUGGCCCCUGACUGCCUCUCUCCUUCCCUCCUGCUCGUCUAGUUCUAAGGCCUCUGAGCAACAGUCGGCCACUUGAAAUGUAUUGUGCUUCUCAAAUCCACCUUCGCUUAUCCCUCUCCUAGACGGCUUUACCUCUCUUUCCAGUCUGCCAUCAGUCGAUGGAAACUGAAUCUGCUUAAAACAGCAGAAGACGG